GUAUUCUAAAGAAAGUAUUCUAACAAGGAACAAUAGAAAUUUAAAUAUCCGAUUACUAAUUUCAAUUUUAUUCUACGUAUAUUCAAUCCACAAAUAACUGUUGAUUUUUAUAUUACCAUAUCGGCGUUAAAUCAUGGAAAGUACAAGCAUGUUGCAUUCAUCAGAGCCAUAUUUAUUGUUUUUAUUUUACGCUGCCAUAGCCUUUUAUAUGCUACAAACAAUCAAAAAUCUAACUUCUAAGAAAAAAAUCAUUUCUGAAAGACAGACAAAUUCUAUUUCGGACGAUAAUAUACGUAAAGGGAUCGAAAGAGCAGCUUUGACACACUUACCCAGAAAGUUUAUGAAUCCAACUUUUGUAGAAGAAUUUCGUAAAUAUGCUUCGGAAUACUGUAAAAUUAGUCGUAAUAAUUUUGAUGAAUUUGGCGAAUAUGUGGAGUUUAAAUUGCAGUCCUUAAAAUCUGAAGACAAAAAAAAAAGAUUAGAAAGCGAAAUACGAAACGCAAUCAUGGAAAUGACAAAACAGGAUAGAAAUAUGUUAUCAAGUUAUACCAGUGCAAACACAUAAACUAUAAUAACAAUAAAAAAUAGUAAACUUAAAUAACAUUUUUGUAAUUAUAAAAUUGUUUA